AUGAAAAACGGGCUGCGUGCAGAUGUGUUCCGACUAUUCCUCCUUAUGCAACUAUGGAAUGAUUUUCAUGUUCUUUUGGAUUUCUUGGUUGUUCGUAUCCCCCUGACAUCAAUCUUCACCGCGUACUGCUCCCUGUCAAAACCGGAACUCUCUCUGAAAAUCCUGUCGUUGGUGUUCACGGGAUGCGUUUACACGUCUCAUUUGUUGACUUUGGCGUUUUGUGUCCAACGAGUUUUGCUGUUGUAUUCUAUUGAAUAUCAGAAAGAUAUCAUCUCCAAAAUCUUCGACAUCAUCUGCCCACUUCUCAUAAUCAUCGGCCAUUCACUCGGAAUCCCCCACUUCCUUGCAACAAGUUCGUGUUUUCAAAUGGGGGAACCAUUUCCAUUUGGUAGUAUUGUGAUUACUGCGAGCAGGAGGGAUAUGCCAACCUACGCAAUAAUCUAUGUGGUAUGCACCAAUGCUAUGAUCAUCCUCAUCCUAAUCACCACAAUUCUGAUGUUUGCAAAAUUACAGCAAAAACGGAAAAUGAGCUCGGAUCUCCACCAAAAGUACAAUUCGAAAGCUGAAAAAACGUUGACAGCCACCAUGAUUCUGAUUCUUCUUCCAGUCGUCAUGCCAGCUGUUUUAUCGAUUGUCGAUAUAUUUUCAUAUGACUUGUAUCCAUAUCUCUUCCUUUUGAGAUGUGUUUGUCUGGACGCCCGUGCUCAUUUCGUGUCUUGUUACUUUUAUUUUACUCAUCCGAUUUUUAAGAAAUCUGUGGCAGGGAAAUGUGACAGUAACAAUAAAUGA